ACCUUCUUUUUAUCAUUGAAAGGAGAAAACAACCGUGCGAGUGUGAGAGAGAGAGAGAGAGAGAGAGAGAGAGAGAGAGAGAGAGAGAGAGAGAGAGAGAGAGAGAGAGAGAAGAAGAAGAAGAAGAAGAAUAAGAAGAAGACGGGAUUCAAACCGGAUCGGUAACCGCAGCGAUGUCGUCGUUCCCGUUCCACCGUCGAUCUCAAUCGGAGGUACAUUUCCGAAUCCCCGACGAUUUCGACCUCGAAAUGGAUCCCUUCGACUUCGACGCUUCUCCGCUCCAGUUCCAAGAUCCACCACCACCUCAACACGACGAUCUCCUUUCCUCUUACAUCGAUUCCGAUAAUUCCGGAUCCAAACUCAAUUCUCCAACCGCCGCUAAUGCCGGUCACCGCCGUAGCAAUUCCGCCGAUACAUCUUCUUCCUUGUUGUCUGAAGGAAUCGAAUCUAAGAAAGCUAUGUCUCCUGAUAAACUUGCUCAAUUGUGGACAGUUGAUCCUAAACGCGCCAAGAGGAUUCUGGCAAAUCGUCAAUCUGCGGCUAGGUCCAAAGAGAGGAAAGCUUGUUAUGUGGUUGAGCUUGAAAGGAAAAUCCAUACUCUUCAAACUGAAGCAACUACUCUUUCUGCUCAAUUAAAUCUUUUCCAGAGAGAUACAACUGGUCUGUCGAGUGAAAAUACCGAGUUGAAGCUUCGGUUACAAACCAUGGAGCAACAAGCUAAGCUAUGUGAUGCUCUAAAUGAAGCAUUGAAGAACGAAGUUGAUAGGCUCAAGCUUGCUACUGGAGAGGUACCAACCCAUGCUGAUACCUAUGGUUUGGGAAUGCAUCAACUUUCAUAUUCUCAAGCUUCGUCCUUCAUGCACCAGCCACAACAUGGUUCAAACGAACUUAGGGCCAUGCAAAUGCAGCAUUUUCAUUCACUAUCAUCUAAUGGAUCCAAUCCCCACCAGCCUCAGUUUGAUCUACCCACUUCAUAUGAUUUGUCAGAAAUGUUGUCAAGUGAUUCUAUUGGCCAAUUUCAGGGGCUGGACAUUGGCAACAGGGUUUCUCAUGUUCUGAUGCCUGAUGGUCCCUCUGUUUCUGUUAAUAAAACCAACAACGCCUUUUGAUGCAAAUUUUACUAACAUGUCCCCACCCUGUUUAUUGGGUUGUUCAUAGAUUGACAUGAGUGAGACCCAGAGGUAUUGAUUUUUUGUUUUUCUAUUCAAUUAUUUAUUUGAUUGAGGGUGUAUGUGGAUUAUUAGCUUAUCUUGAAAAAAACACUAAAUUUAACCGGUUUUUUGAGAUUUUUUUUUUUAAAAUUGACUUUCCCCCAAAAGAAUUGAAACAAAUGUCUUCAAGGUGCUCAUUAUUUUUCUCUAAUUUCCUGUUAGACUUGAAACUAAUUCAUGGAGAUUGAAAAUUUUCAAGGUACAUGAUCCAUUAUGGUCAUUUAUGCACAACAUUGUUUUAUUAAUGUGAUAAGCUUUUUCUUAA